CCCAGCUUGUUCUUCGUCACCCAUGUUCGAUUCGAGCCACCUCUUCACAGUGCUCUGUGCAGUCGUGAUAUAUGUCAUAUUUGGACCGUCUGCUGUCAAUUAUAGUGCUCAUCGACUUGUGGAUGCCUUGUCAUACAGAAUACUGCACAGUUCGGAGGAACUGCGCUCGUCGGAUCUGGAUGACCUAGAAACCAAGCUUGUCUCAUUAACGGCACAAGUCAGAAGCGCUCGUAAUGCCUUGCAAGCCGUUAACAAGCUCCCCAUCGAGAUUCUCAUUGCCAUAUUCCGAGAAAAUCAGCAGCACCUCUCUUCCUUCCUUCCUGUUCCCGAGAACAACGUCUACGACCGUCGUAGCCGGGACUGGCUUUCUCUCCGUGAUGUGUGCAAGCACUGGCGCUUAAUCAUAGAUACCACACCUAUUCUAUGGUCCACCGUCGACAACUAUAUCAUUCCCGGUACAUUUCUUUCGCGCUCGUCGCCCGCUCCUCUAUCCGUCUUCUUUGGCAUGCGCAAAGCAGAUUUUUCCCGCGAAGAUCUCGAGUUGAUAUCCCCUCACAUCCACCGAGUGCGCGAGCUGCAUUUGCGGUUAUCCGAGUGGAAGCACUCGACGCCGACCGUAUUUGAGACGCUCUCGGCCUCGGGAGCUGCUCCAGAGCUUGUCAGUCUGACCAUCGACACACUCGGAACCGUGGAUGCAGGGAGUCAUCUUCCGGCAUUAUUCGAUGGGAAAAUGCCGAAACUACGGAAGCUAUGUCUUGAAUACUUUUCGACAUGGCCCAGUGGUUACUUCACCUCUCUCACGCACGUCUGCUUCCAUCAUCAACCCGUACCACAGUCCGCCCGUCCUACUACCUCACAAUUCCUUGACUUUCUCGAGGGAUGUCCAGCAUUAGAGGUGCUUGCUAUGGUUUCCGCCGGGCCCUCGCGCAUGGAUGAAGAAGACGUACCAGCACCCCCUCCCGAUCGGCUUGUUGAGCUCAGUUCACUCCGAGAACUGCACUGGGGAAAGCUCAGUGAUCUGGCUCAUGUGAAACGACUACUUUCAAACCUAUCGCUCCCGUCACACACCAAUAUGUAUUUCUGGACGGAUCUUACGCAGAGUGACGAUCCUGCCGUCGGAAGUAUGAAUGGAGAUCUAUCGCGCCUCCUCCCCUCGGACCGCUCCAACUUGAAGAAUCUCAACGGCAUCACCGAAUGGCGCCUCUCAUGUAUGCCAUCCACGAUGUACACUAUCAUCGCAGUCGCCAAAGGUGUUCUCUACACUCACGGCAUCUUCUCCCACGACCAUUACGAGAAGAUACCCUCCACCUUCCCUCUAUCCGAAGUUCGCACCUUCUGUAUACAAGACCAGCUCACUAACCCCGCGAUGACGACAGCAUUGUGGCGCGAUACGUUCCAACACCUGCCUAGUCUCGUUGACCUUUGCAUUCAGCCGCCAACUACGUUAUGGACGUCGUCGAGAGUUAUUCUCGGGCCUCUCAAACCGGAUAACUGUGGUGAUGUGACGGAGGGGCACGUGAUGUGUCCUUUACUCCGUUCGUUGUCUAUCGAGGGACCGCCCGGGGCAAUCCAGGCGUUCUAUAUAAGCGAGCUAGCGAAGGAGAGGAAGCUGCGGGGAAGUCCGUUAGAGAGUGUAGAGGUAAAACAGCUCCUUCCACCGCCAACGGAUUCAUCAGAGGCGACUGUUCCUUCACCGUUUCCCGAUAAUACGUUUGUCGAUAUGAUCGCGGACGACGAGGAUCAACUCUGCGAGCAUAUUGAGCAUGUCGAAUAUUCGUAUGACCAGAAGUCAACGACGUUUUUGCCUCCCGAGUGGCCGAAUAGCGUUCACCUUUGGACGACGUCGACUUUCAGCGACCUGAAACCAGCGAUAGGAGACAUAUCGGUAUGAUUAAAGAUAAACCACAAGAGGGCCAUUCCGUUCAAUGUAGAAUACGACACAAUUUAUCAUCAAUAUGUAACAUAAAGCAAGUACGUUGGCAUAUUCUUACUACACUUCUGAAAUCUGCUUUGAAAUACAAUACAUUUGCUCUCAGGUCAUUUGGUGAAACCGUUUUUCAUCGUAGCCGACCGAAUUCUUCUAUGACUACGACCAACCGGUGGUCUUCGACUGUCCAUGUACAAGUAGAGCUUGUGAUAUUUCUAGUGCGGAUCACCGCAAGCGCCCCCACUCGUCAGACUCACUAUCGGGAUUGGUAAGUAUCAUAUGUACUGUUCUUUACUCAGCCGAGUUUCCUUUAUUUCCAUGAGCUUCCUAGUAGUUUCUUUGAAAAGUAUAUAAAAGUCUGUAUGUAGAGCGGAACACCCUUGUGCAUUUGCCUUCAGGGGUUCCCUGUCGCUUGCCAAUUCACCGCCUUAUCCAACAGAGC